AUGGAAGUACGUGUAGAAUACGACUAUAAGGCCGAAGAGCGAGAUGAACUUACAAUUAAACAAGGGGAUAUUAUUACAAAUGUAUCCCAAUUUGAAGAGGGUUGGUUCAUUGGUACUUUAAAUGGAAAAGAAGGCGUAUUUCCGGAUAAUUUUGUGAAGACUUCGGCACGGACUCCAGCAGCGAAAGCUUUACCGCCUCCAGAUGCGGCACCCAAGGGCGAAUGGGUGAGGGUCAUGUUUCAGUACACUCCCGAGCAGCCGGACGAAUUGGAGCUGCAAGUGGGUGAAAUCAUCCAAGUCCUCGAUCGUAAUCUUUCCGAGGAAGGAUGGUGGCGUGGACAGAAUCUGAAAACCAAAAAGAUGGGUGUCUUUCCAGACAAUUUUGUCGAACUGUUAGAUCCAACCAAGCCGGAAGUACAGAAGCUUUUGUCUGAAGCGCAGAACGUCUGUGAGUUUGAUGUGAAGACAAUCAUACCUGGGUCUUCUUUUAAGGAUGUAACAGAAAAAAGAUUCCUUAAUCAGAAGGGGUUUGGCGUUCUGGACCUUCCCGCCUCUUGA